UGUUGACCUAGAAGGAUACAUAUUACGAAAGCAACUCAAGGCCACUUAAUAAAGAACUUGCUUUGCUAAGUGGUGGAGUCCUCUGAAGCUCACUUUGGAGCCACCACAAAGAAAAUGCUGCUAUGUCCCAAACAAGAUGCACUUCUUAAACUAUUCUACAAUGUCUCAAACCCUCUUCACCUUCUCUUUCUCCUUCUCUUCUCCUCUGCCAUUUUCCUUCUCACCUUCUUAACCUUCACAGGCAGAUACCCCUUCAUCCAAAGGGAUCAAGAAUAUGAAUAUGUGUACACCGAGGAUGAAGAAGAAGAAGAAGAUACUCAAGAAGGGUAUUCUUGUGUUGAUUCCACCGAGGGAGAGAACAUCAGUUGUGGGAAAGAAGUUCCUGUGUUUGUGCACAAUGAGAGGCAUCAAAGGACUCACUCUUAUUCUGAAGAGUUCAUAAGCCCCAGAGAGAGCUUGAAUGAAGAGUCAGAAGAAAAGCAUUAUUCUGAAACGUUGUCUCUCCAUAAGUCUCCACAAGUCUCUGACUUCGACAAUGAAGAGGCAGAAACGGUUGAAGAAGACUUUACAGCAAGAGAUUCUGAUUCUGUUCCAAAUUCUACCCAAAACGCUUACAAAGGAAAAAAAAACCAUGACGAUGAUCACGUUAGCGUUGAAAUUAUUAGAAACAAGAAGGUGCAAGAGCCAAACCUUGCAAGGGAUGAGAGAUUCUUUGUUUUUGCUUCUACCCAGCUGCAGAGUAAGAAGUUGAUGGUUGAAGAGAAGGAUGACGAGUCCUCUAAAUGGAAAAGCUCCAUCAAUUGCAGGGAUUCCGAGACUGAAGAUGCAUUUUCUUCUUCAUCCAGAAGAAGUUGCCCCAAGUGGGAAUCAUACACAUUGUUCCAAAAAUAUGAUGAAGAAAUGGCAAUUCUAGACAGAAUCAGUGCACAGAAACUUCAUGAAACAGAGUCAUUAAGGUCCAUUCAAAUGUCUCCAAGAUCAAUGUCAGAGCGUAUCGUGUACAAGUUUCAGACUAUAAAUAAGAAACCUGCCGAUGUUGGUCACAACCCAUAUCGUGAACUAGAGGCUGCAUACGUGGCACAAAUUUGUUUGACAUGGGAAGCCCUUAGUUGGAACUACAAAAAUUUUCGUUCCAAACAUGCCUCACGCCAGGACAAUGACACAGGUUGUUCUGCCACAGUUGCUCAACAAUUCCAGCAGUUUCAGGUUUUGUUACAGAGAUACAUUGAGAAUGAGCCUUAUGAGCACGGUAGAAGACCAGAAAUCUAUGCUAGAAUGAGACUUUUGGCACCCAAAUUGCUCUUAGUGCCAGAAUAUCAAGAUUUGGAGGAGGAUCAGAAGGAUGGUGGUUUUCAAUGCAAAAUAUCAUCAGCUUCAUUUCUGAAGAUAAUGGAGGAUGGGAUCAAAACAUUCAUGAAUUUUCUAAAGAAUGAUAAAGAGAAACCCUGUCAGAUCCUUGCAGCCUACUUUAGGAGAAACCAAAGAGGCACAGUUGAUCCAACACUACUCAGACUAAUGAAGAAGGUUAACCAAAAGAAGAGGGUGAAGGUUAAGGAUCUUAACCAUGCAGGGAAAUGCUUGAGGAAGAGAAAGUUAAAGGUGGAAAAGGAUAUGGAUAUUUUGAUGGCUCUGACAGACCUAAAAGUGGUGUCAAGGGUUUUAAGGAUGAGUGAAUUGAGUGAAGAACAGUUGCACUGGUGUGAGGAGAAGAUGAGCAAAGUGAGAAUCAUGGAAGGGAAACUUCAGAGAGAUUAUUCCACACCACUUUUCUUUCCCUCACAUUGACUCACCAGAUUGGAUUGGAUUUUUAGAAUAGUUAAUUGUUAGAUUAAAGAAAAUGGAGCCACCCUACAAAUUCAAAUAACAGACAUGUGGAAACAUGGAUUGUGGUUCCUGGAAUUCAGAGAAUGUUUAUGUUGUUGAUGCAUUUUGAAGGUAGAAGAUCAGAGACAAAUAAAGUGUUGAAUCCAAAAAAGAAUGAACAAGGUUGUCACAGAUGAAGUUGAAUAAAACCAUACAUAGUCUUAGAGAGAAAUAAAUAGAGAAAAUAAUGCAGAAGCCAUGACAGGCCUAACUGUCUACAGAUUAUAAGACAUUUAUUGAAUUUACAGCAGCAUACAUAUACAUUAUCUUGUAAGAAGUUAACAAAUAAGAAUGUUUAGCAGGAUAUAUUCAACAUUGUAUAUUGACAUAUCCAGGUUUGACUCCAACAACUCAAAUAUUAUCCUCCUCAAUACACACUUCUUAACAUAAA